UGUAGGGUAAAAGAGCCAGCCAAUGAAACAUUGAAACCAGAGCUAGUGAAAGAAACACACUUUAGCCACGAAGCCAGAACCAAAGAAACACACCCUGACUCUGAAACCAGAGCCAAAGAAACACACUUUGUCCCUCUAACCCGAGCCUGUGAAAGAAACAACACCCGACGCCAGUGGGGGUGGGGUGGGGGGAGGAUAUUUAACCCUGAAAACAGAGCCAAAUCUGCCCUGACCAACUGAACACAAAACUAACCAAUUGCCCGGCAGUGGUGGCCCACGCCUUUAAACCCAGCACUGAGUCAGAGGCAGGCGGAUCGCAGUGACUUCGAAACCUGCCUGGUCUAUAAGAGCAAGUUCCAGAACAGUCUAGAAAGCCACAGAGAAAUCCUGGGGGUGGAGUGAGAGAGUACCUAACUAAUCCCUGAGCAGAAAAACCGACCAAUCCCUGAGCUGAGCACGAAGUCUAGCCAAUCUGCGUUUGCCCUGUCUCAAGUGACUGAGGUAUUCUUUGGCUGCCGAUUGCCUGGAUCAAUUUCCAUCUGAGCUGUAAUACAGAGGGAUGAGUGGUUUCCAAUCCAGUGACUCCGCUGGUCCCCGCGAGUGCCUGAGAAAGUUUGCAUCUCCUGGACCAUCGAUCUUCCUGGCGGCGACAAGAGACCUUAGGUCUUUUCCCAAAGUCGACUCUUCCUUCGCGGAGCGGAGAGACUCAGCUGUGGAAGGUCAGUUCGGAAGGCCGACGGCGUCGCUCUCUCAAAAGCCUGCGGAGACACGCGCCACGAUGGAGCUCAACAGGACCGUGGCCGCCCCGUCCCACGCAGGAAGCUGCGACCCGCAAAAGGGGGCGCAUUCGCGGUGUGCGGAGCGUGUGGGGGAACCCACGGAUAAGUCGGGCGCCCGAGCGCGUCAGGGAUGGGCGUCGGUGUGCACCAAGGACCUACAGUACUUGGCCACGGGCGCGGCUGGAGAAGCCGAACUGCCGACCGUCCCGGAGAACCCGCCGCCAGCCAUCUCUGACCGUCAGCUGCCAUGGGUCCCGGAGCUGCAGUCUCCAGCCAUCCCUGACCCCCAGCUGCCAGGCGUCUCUGAGCCCCAGCCGCCAGCCAUCCCUGACCCUCAGCUGCCAAGGGUCCCGGAGCCCCGGUCUCCAGCCAUCCCUGGGACCCAGCUGCCAGGCGUUCCAGAGCCCAAGCCACCAGCCAUCCCUGACCCUCAGCUACCAAGUGUCCGGGAGCCCCAGUCUCCAGCCAUACCUGACCCUCAGCUGCCAUGGGUCCCGGAGCCCCAGUCUCCAGCCAUCCCUGGGACCCAGCUGCCAGGCGUCUCUGAUCCCCAGCCGCCAGCCACCCCUGACCCUCAGCUGCCAAGGGUUCAGGAGCCCCAGCCACCAGCUAUCCUUGACCCCAAGGUGCCAGGCAUUCUAGAGCCCAAGCCACCAGCCAUCCCAGGGACCAAGCUGCCAGGCGUUCCAGAGCCCAAGCCACCAGCCAUACCUGACCCUCAGCUGCCAUGGGUCCCGGAGCCCCAGUCUCCAGCCAUCCCUGGGACCCAGCUGCCAGGCGUCUCUGAACCCCAGCCACCAGCCAUCCCUGACCCCAAUCCACCUGGUGUCCUGGAGCCCCAGUCUCCAGGCAUCCCUGACCCUCAGCUGCCAGGCGUCUCUGAGUCCCCGCUGCCAGCCAUCCCUGAUUCCCAGCUGCUAGAAUUAAUAGAGCCCCAGAUGCUAGCCAUCACUGACUCCGAGCUGUCCGCAAACUCCGAAGCUCCUGUUGUCACCAGCAGUCCUAGCCGCAGGAGGGGCGCGCGCUCUGUGGGGCAGCCAGGAGCGCCGCGGGGGUCCAGGAGAAAGCAGGAGGAGACUCCCGACAAAAAGCUCAAGAAAGCGCUGGAAAAUUUGAAGUUGAAACGCGAGGAGAUCUCGUCGGCGGCCACGGUGGUGAAUGGAGUCGUGGGGCAACUGCUGUCAAGAAUGAAGAACUCUGAGUCGGAGUUCAAAGGCGUCCGGCGGCUGAACAGUGGCAGCUACUAUGAGCGUGUGAAGAUUUCUGCUCCUAAUGAAUUUGAUGUCAUGUUUAAACUGAAAGUCCCCAGAAUUCAGCUACAAGAAUGUUACCACAAUGGAGUUUUUUAUCUUGUGAAGCUCAGAAACAUUCCAAGAGGAAAUCCACUGGGUCAUUUUUUGGAGGAUGAAAUAUUAUCAGCUUCCAAGAUGUUGUCAAAGUUUAGGGAAAUCAUUAAAGAAGAAGUUGAAAAAAUCAAAGAUCGAGAUGUCAGUGUGGAGGAAGAAAAACCAGGAAGCCCUGCUGUAACACUUCUUAUCAGAAACCCUGAAGAAAUAUCUGUGGAUAUAAUUCUGGCUUUGGAGUCAAAGGGCAGCUGGCCUGUUAGUACCAAAGAAGGACUACCCAUCAAAAACUGGCUUGGCACAAAAGUUUCAAACAAUCGAAUAGGAAAGUCGUUUUAUCUUGUACCCAAGAGUGCAAAAGUUGGAGAUGGUUUUCAAGGUGAGACUUGGCGCCUCUCUUUCUCUCACAUUGAAAAAUACCUUUUAAAAAAUCAUGGAAAAGAGAAAACAUGCUGUAAAUCUACUGGAGUCAAAUGUUGCAGGAAAGGUACUUUAAAAUUAAUGAAAUACCUCUUCGAGCUGUUGAAAAAAGAUCAUGAAGAACUAGAUGUAUUCUCUUCUUACCACGUGAAGACUGCAAUCCUCCACAUGUGGGCUGAGAACCCACAGGACAGUCAGUGGGACCCCAAGCACCUAAGCACCUGCUUUGAUGAGAUUUUGACAUUCUUUGUUGAGUGCCUCAGGACAGAGAAACUGAUGCAUUACUUUAUUCCAAAGUUCAAUCUAUUCUCUCAAGAGCUAAUUGACCAAAACAGUAAAGAAUUUCUGUGGAAGAGAAUUGAAUAUGAAAGAAACAAUGGAUUUCCAAUUUUUGACAAGUUUUGAACUUAUGUAUUUUUUAUUUUUAUUUUUUGGGUUUUUGAGACAGGGUUUCUCUGUGGCUUUGGAGGCUGUCCUGGAACUAGCUGGAACUAGCGCCCGGCAAAUUUUUGUAUAUGUGUUAUAAUGUGUUCUUGUGGGUGAAGAUAAUUAUUUAGCUCUCAGUUUUUCAUAAUUCAUUCAAAUAUAAAGAUAUAAUAAAAGUUAAACACUAAGCCAGGCAUUGGUGGUGCAGGCCUUUAAUCCCAGCACUCGGGAUGCAGAGGCAGGUGGAUCUCUGUGAGUUCGAGGCCAGCCUGGUUCCA